AAGCACCGCGUGCAAAUUUGGUCAAUCAAGAAGAUCACAUGUGCCACUUCAGGCAGCGCAAAUACCUGCGGACAUAAGUCGUUUUCUUUGGGGGCUUCAAGAGGUAUUCCUGUGCACGUCGACUGCUGCCUGGGUGGUUUUCUGUUGCCAUUCAUGGAGGAGGCCGGUUUCCCGCUGGACGUCGUCGACUUUCGCCUUCCCGGUGUCACCAGCAUCUCGUGUGAUACGCACAAGGUGAGUUCUGUGUCGCAGUUGGCUGCGGUCAGUAGACACGUAAUCUACACACGAGAGCGCGUCGGACUUGCCUGGAAAAGGUAA